AUGUUAUCUGCCUUUACCGCGCAGCCCAUCGUUGAGCUGAAACAGCGAGACAAGUCCAAGAUCGAAUCCAUCCUCUCUCACAGCGAUCAAUUACUCGUGGGCCUCAACACUGGCGCCCUCCGUGUGUACCGGAUCAAAAGUCCACCCUCGACUGCUCCCGAUUCUGAUGCCGCGGGCGACACCCCCUCACCUCCCAAUGGCGCGUCGCCGCGAGGUACGAAACCCUCUGAGCUUCUCCGUGAGCACGAGAAGUUUUCGAAACACAAGAUAGAACAACUCGCCGUACUUCGAGAAGCAAACCUCCUAAUUUCGUUGAGCAAUGGCCUCGUCUCGCUUCAUGACCUCGGAACGUACGAGUUGCUGGAGCAGUUGACCAAAACCCGAGGUGCCAGUACUUUUGCGGUGGCAAGUAACAUUGUAAAAGACCCUACAACUAAUGUGCCUACACUGGCAAGCCAGUUGGCUGUCGCUGUCAAGCGAAGGCUCCUGGUGUGGUCAUGGCAUGACGGUGAGCUGGACGGUGAUGCGACUGAGAUCCCCUUGUCGGGUAGCAUCAAAUCCUUAACGUGGGCGACCGGGACCAGAAUCCUUGCCGGCCUCAGCGCCAAUUAUGUCCUUGUCAACCUAGAAACUGGAGAAGCGAAGACAAUUGUCGGCCCAGGCAGUAUAGGUGGUGCACCUGGUCAAGAGACUAGCAGACUUGGUGGAACCAUGAGUUACAUUGGAAUGGGCUCGAUGAUCCCUACGCCACUUGCCACGGGUUUGGGAGAGAACGAGAUGCUACUGGCAAAAGACAUCAACACCCAUUUCAUCGACCGAGACGGGGAGCCGCUCGGACGGAGGCAGAUCCCAUGGCGGACACCGCCUCAGGCAGUAGGGUAUUCCUAUCCCUACUUGCUCGCUUUGCAAGAGACCAGCAAAGGUGUCCUCGAGGUUCGGAAUCCUAAGACACUCACCCUGCUCCAGUCGAUCGAUUUGCCCGGUGCCGUGUUAUUGCAGGUUCCGAAUCCCAGCAUCAGCUUAGCCCAUCAAGGCAAGGGAUUUUUCGUCGCUAGUGAGCGGACGGUCUGGAGAAUGCAGGGACUCAAUUACGACGCGCAGAUCGAUGCUUUGGUCGAUAGCGGCGCCCUCGACGAAGCGAUCAGUUUGCUGGAAAUGAUUGAGGAGACACUCAUUAACAACAAGGCUGGGCGACUGCGUGAAAUAAAGAUGCAGAAGGCCCAGCAGCUGUUUGAUGAAAAGAAGUUCCGGGAUGCGCUGGACUUGUUCGGAGAGGUUUCCGCACCCCCAGAGCGAGUUAUCAAGUUAUAUCCCCAGAUUAUAGCCGGAGAGCUGGCGAAACGCGAGCAGGAGAACGCAGGACCGUCUACCGAACCCCCAAAGAACGAAGCUAAUCCUAGACCGCAACACAAGAGAACCGAAUCGCGAGCGAGCCGUGUCAGCGAGGCCAAGCCACCUCCUGCGGACCCAGAUAGUGUCAGCGUCAAGACCACCAAGUCGAAGGAUGAUUCCGGACUAGGAAGCUUUUCAGAAAAAGAGCUCAAGACGGCAGUUCGCGAGCUUCAGGCGUUUCUCGCAGAUGUGCGUCGCAGGUUGCAACGGUUUUUCAAUCCAGAUCAAACCGUACGAACUCUCGCCGAAGUUCAGGCCGGUGCCCAGUCAGAGGACAUCCGGCAAGUGACUGAGUAUCUGCUUGGAGUCCCUUCGCUAGACGACGUCGAUCUGAGCGACAAGAUUUUGUCAUUGGCGAGACUUGUGGACACCACUCUGUUCCGAGCACACAUGUAUGCGACCCCUUCACUGGCAGGCUCCCUCUUCCGUAUACAGAACUUCUGCGAUCCUGAUGUCGUGAGGGCCAAACUCGAAGAAACAGAGCGGUACAACGACCUCAUCGAAUUCCUGUACGGCAAACGACUUCACAGACAGGCACUGGAGAGACUUCAGAAAUUCGGACAGGCCGACGAGACAGAAAACAUUGAGACUGGACUACAAGGACCCGCGAGAACGGUGUCAUACCUACAGAACCUGGGGCCGGAGUACAUUGACCUAAUCCUCGAAUUCGCCCGCUGGCCUCUUGAGACUGACCCGGGAAUGGCCAUGGAGAUUUUCCUGGCGGACACAGAAAACGCGGAGUCGCUGCCACGCCAAAAGGUCCUCGCCUUCCUCGAAUCCAUCGACAAAGCACUGGCCCAGAGGUAUCUGGAACAUGUCAUUGACGAGUUAGACGACCUCACGCCGGAGCUUCACCAGCAUCUUGUCACCUUGUAUCUUGAGCGGCUUCAACAUCCAGCUUGCCCGAACCGAGAUGAAGUCCUCGAUAAGUUGAUGACUCUGUUGAGAACAUCUGAGCAAUACUCUCCCGCCAAAACACUCGGCUUGUUGCCUCGAGAUGACCCACUUUUUUACGAGGCCAGAGCCAUUGUCUUCAGCAAGAUGGGCAACCACAGACAAGCCCUCGAGAUAUAUGUCUUCAGACUGAAUGAUCCGGCCAAGGCGGAGGAGUAUUGCAACCAGAUCUAUCUCGAAGAGAAAGUCAAGACCCACAGGAAAGUCUCGUUGCGACGACAGUCGACGACGGAUCCAGUUGAUGAAGAGCCAUCAAUCUACCACAUCCUCCUAAACCUGUACUUGAACCCUCCCAAGGGAGAGAAAGCCCUUUGGGGCCCGGCCAUCGAACUAAUGACCCGUCACGGACCCAGGUUGCCCGCAAGCUCCACGUUGGAAAUGAUCCCCGAAGGUCUGACAGUAAGGGAGCUCGAAUUCUAUUUUCGGGGUCGAAUUCGCAACGCAAACAGCACCAUGAACGAUUCAAUCAUCACUGCAGGGUUGAGAAAAGUAGAGGCGGUUCGGGUUCAAGCAGCUCUGAUGCUUGGAGAAGGUGCUCCGACCGGCGGCAGAGGCAGAAAAGUUCGCAUUGACGAGGAUCGCGUCUGCGGUGUUUGCUACAAACGUCUUGGUGGCAGCGUCAUCAGUGUGUUUCCUGAGUAA